AUGCCCAGGGUCUUUCUUGUGAGGAGUCGGCGAUCACACCCACCUAACUGGAGCCACCUUCCUGACCAGCUCCGGGGAGAUGCUUAUGUCCCAGACUGCAGCAGCCUGGCAGUGCCACCCGCACACAGCUCUUCUGGUCUGAGAGAUACCUGGGCAGUGUCCUCACAGGGGACACUGACCUCUGCUCCCAAAGGCCCCGGCACACUUGGCUGCCCACUCUGCCCCAAGGUCUUCCCGCUGCAACGCAUGCUGACUCGGCACCUCAAAUGCCACAGCCCAGCAAGGCGCCACGUGUGCCACUAUUGUGGUAAAGGCUUUCACGAUGCCUUCGAUCUCAAGCGUCACAUGAGGACUCACACUGGAAUACGGCCAUUCCGCUGUGGAGCCUGUGGGAAAGCUUUUACACAGCGCUGCUCCCUCGAAGCUCACCUUGCCAAGGUGCACGGGCAGCCGGCCAGCUACGCUUACCGGGAGCGCAGGGAGAAGUUGCACGUGUGUGAAGACUGUGGCUUCACCAGCUCUCGGCCUGAUGCUUACGCGCAGCACCGCACCCUACACCGCACGACCUGA